UAUAAAUAUUGAAUGCAAAUAAGUGUUUUUUAGCCCUCAAGAAUAUUGUACAGAUUAUAUUAUCCUAUAAAAAGCCCUGAAUAUCCAAAAUAGGCUUAGAAGAGAAACAGGCCAACCACCUGUCAUCCGGUAACACCCCGGCCUGAAUCUACGUACCCGGUAGUAGUUUCUCCGGCGGAAUAGUUGUAUAUACAUGGAUCAGAAGAAGAAGAAAGAUGGUAAAGGAAGUUUGUACUGGACAAAUGAAAGGCAUGUUCAUUUCUUGAAUUCAAUAGAGGCAUCGUUUGUUCGAGGAAUGUUGGAGAAUAAUAAUAACGUUAACGCCGGCCAGCUGUUUCUCCCACUGGACCGCCAUUUGCCUGACAGUACAGAUUCAACACUUGAUACACCUAACCAAAGACGUCGUAGAUUUUCUACUUCAGAUAUCAACAUGAGCAGCGGAAGCAGAAUAGAUGAGAAGAAAACUAGUAGAAGAUUGUCAUCUGACAUUUCCUCACAAGAUCAGGUGGUCCCACAAUAUAAACAUGGAAGAGGAGAUAAGGAUACUGAAGGUCACCCUGAUGUUCCUCUCACUUAGACACCUGCAAAAUGAGCAACUAUUUUUAUUAUUUCCCUUAAGUUUAAUUUUGUUCUUCAAAUUUUCGUUUUCUUUUUGUUUGUUUAAUCUAUUGUGUGGAUAGAAGGCAGUGUUUGUUACUUUUCCUUCAUUCUUCGUUCCUUUCUUUUCAAGGGAGUAGUUAAAAUUAAUUAUUUAAGAUUAGCUAGGAUGAUUUGAUCAAUUCGUACUUUUGAAGUAACAGAAUAACCUAUUAAGUGUGGGUCAAGGGUCAACUUUUAUCUUCGUUGCAGAUAUUUUGUCUGAACUUAAUAAUGCAAGUGAUUAUUAAAUGUA